CUGUUUCCCAUGACAAUGAAAACAUUUCCUGUUAUCCCGGUGUCUCCUUCAGCUUCUGUGAAAGACAUCCCUCCCUCCACACCCCUCGCCUUCUCCUCCGUUUCUUCGUCAUCCUCACUCACACCAACGACCAAAGAAAAGCGAGAAACACUCGACGCUCUCUCCAAAGGCCUCUCCGUCUCUUUAGAGAGCAGAAGGCUGAGUGACACAGCAGCAAUGGAGAUUGAUUCCAUUCCUACAGCUUACGGCUCACAGUCCGAUGAGGGCGCCCCAAUGACAAUUCUUCCUUCAGUCGACCCACCAAUGGCCCCGCAGGAUGAUGCCGAUGCUCCUCUAUUAAGUGAUCUAUCAGCCGAUCUUCUGGGACUCGACGCAGAGUCGUGGAGUCUUGCAGUGAGUCCGGAUUUCUGCCGGCAGCAUGACAGACGUGCCAUCAAACGCCAGGAUGUAAUUUAUGAACUAAUGCAGACCGAGCUGCACCACAUCCAGACUCUGACGGUCAUGUCCGAAGUGUUCAGACGAGGAAUGCUGGAGGAGCUGCAACUCGACUGGGAUUGCGUGGCCCGGAUCUUCCCUUGUUUGGAUUCCUUGUUGCUCUUCCACAGGAACCUCUUUGGAUCACUGCAGGAGUGCAGACAAGCUUCCACCCAAGCCGAGAACCAGAAAAAUUACCUCAUCCAUCAGAUCGGAGACAUCCUGCUUCAGCAGUUCUCAGAUGAAAAUGCUGAGACAAUGAAGCAAGUGUACGGCGAUUUCUGCAGUCACCACAUGGAAGCUGUCAGUGUCUUCAAGGAGCUUCAACAGCAGAAUAAAAAACUCCAGAACUUUGUCAAACAACAGAGCCAUAACUCGCUGGUCAGGAGGAGAGGGAUUCCAGAGUUUAUCCUUUUAGUCACCCAGCGCAUCACCAAGUACCCAGUUUUGUUGGAGAGGAUAUUACAUUACACUCAAGGCAAGUCAGCUCCUUGUACAGUGGUGCCUUGA